UGUAGAUGUAAAAAUACAACUCUGUACAUCUGUAGGUCUCCAUGGAUACCAUACCUGUCAGUUGCACCAUGCAUAGACACAACAAGGGUACUGGGGCAGAACUGUUGAAGGGGGAUGUCGACAACAGCAGUGUAUAUACACACGUCCACGAUCUGUUCCAUGAAGCUGCACAGGGUUUCCAGCAGUCUAACCAGCCCUGGUGGAAGAUCAAACUGUUUGUGUGGGAGCCGGUGCUUUUCGGGACCUGGGAUGGCGUCUUCACCACCUGCAUGAUCAACAUCUUUGGUGUAGUUCUGUUCCUGCGUACUGGCUACCUGGUGGGGAACGCGGGUGUGCUGGUCGGGAUGCUCCUGGUGUCGAUGGUUGUGCUGGUUGCUUUAAUAACAGUGAUGUCGGGGACUGGAGUGAGUGAACACUGUGGUGUUGGGGAUGGAGGAAUCUACUCCAUGAUCUCCACUGUCCUGGGUGGAAGGGUGGGGGGAACCAUGGGCCUCCUUUAUGUUUUUGGACAGUGUGUAGCUGGGGCCAUGUACAUCACAGGCUUCUCCGAGUCGGUGGCUGAGUUGCUGAGUCUACAGAGCCAGUGGGCUGUUCGUGGAAUGUCUGCAGCAGUGCUUCUAGCACUACUUGGAAUCAACCUGGCUGGUGUCAAGUGGAUUGUGCGCCUUCAGCUCCUGUUGCUGGCCAUUCUCGCCAUCUCCACUCUGGAUUUUGUCAUUGGCACCUUCACACACCUGGAUCCAGAACACGGUUUCAUUGGUUACACAGCCAGGCUGCUUGGCAGCAACACUCUGCCAGAUUACAGCCCAGGUGAAAACUUCUUCACAGUCUUUGGGGUGUUCUUCCCUGCUGCUACAGGGGUCAUGGCGGGCUUCAACAUGAGCUCCGACCUUCAGCGGCCUGAACACAGCAUCCCUGUGGGAACACUGGCAGCUGUCUUCACUUCGUGGUUCCUGUAUCUGGUCUUUGUCUUCCUCCUGGGGGCUAUCUGCACCAGAGAAGCACUCCGUUAUGACUUCUUGAUAGCAGAAAAGGUCUCCUUGGUGGGUUUCCUCUUUCUCCUGGGCCUCUACAUCUCCUCCCUGGCUUCUUGCAUGGGCGGCCUGUACGGAGCACCCAGGAUCCUCCAGUGCAUCGCCCAAGAGAGGGUCAUCCCCACCCUGGCCUUCCUAGGAAGAGGGAAAGGCCCAAACAAGACUCCAGUGGCAGCCAUCUGUCUAACCAGCCUACUGACUAUGGCCUUCAUUUUCAUUGGCCAGGUCAAUGUUCUAGCCCCCAUUGUCACAAUCAACUUUAUGCUCACCUACAGCUUCAUCGACUACUCCUAUUUCAGUGUGGCAAUGACUUUCCAUCUGCAGAAUAAGGAAAGGAGGGAAGCAAGAAUUCAGCAUAGGUCAACCAAGCAGAGUUCUGGAGCACUGAUAGAGGAAGUCUUCCAGAACUAUGGGAGUGGAGGUGUGGGUCUACAGAGUAAAGGCACUCUAUUGGAGUUCUCGAAGGACAUGGACCAGAUCUUUCCACCAGUCUCAAAUGGAGAUGCAACAACUUCUGUGCACCAGUUGAGCAGCAGAUGCAAGAGCAGGAAGGACAAAGCCACAGCUAAGCAGAAGCUAAUGGACAGCUUUGGCUUGGACCCGAACAGAAACUCUGAUGGUGGUGUUGAUGAAGUACAUUCAGCUCCCCUGCAGCAUGAAGCGGAAGUCCACUGUGACAGUGAGGAAUUGGUCAUCAGUUUUGGAGAACAGACACAAAUCAAAAGCUUUGACAGAUCUCACCAGGCAGACUGUGAGCCAUCUGCUCCACCUCACAAUCACAGUGCAGUUGUUGGAGGUAAAGGGGAUCACCAGAGCUUUGAUAUCAAACCAAUGCCAGAUUCAGUCUAUGCCAAAUUCUGCAACCACUGGGUAGCUCUUAGUGGUGCACUGAGCUCCGUAUUCAUCAUGUUUGUUAUUCAGUGGGUGUAUGCCUUAGCAAAUAUCGUGGCUGCUUUGCUGCUUUUCUUCUACAUUGGAAAAACAAGUCCAGGACUACCCAAAGGGAUCGCAGCUCAAUUCAGUUUCUUCAUGUGGAUCAAAACGACAGUGAGCAGCAUUGGCAGGAGGACGGGGUCUCCCCGAGCUGAGAUGGUAGUGACGCCCCCUCUCUCUGCAGUGGGAGUGAAAACCAAGCAGCUUACAGAGGAAAACACAGACUUUGCAUCUCGUCACCGAUAUCAUCAGUCAUCCUUAUUCAAAGUAGAUAAGAUGGUGCAGCCGCCACUCUAGUGAUGGACUGGAAGCAGCCAGAAAUGGCUGGAACAUAAACACUAUUCCACACGUUUGUGUGCUAACUUGACUGAACAGAUAUUUAUGAACUCUGAUUAUUUUCUUCUGUACUCGUGGACUGGUGCAGGAGUUGCUGGUCUUCUCUUUGAGAAGAAACUGAAAACUACCUUUUGAUUUUUGUUUUUUUGUUUGUUUGUUUUUUUGUACCUUUAUGGCCAUGGAUGUGUUGAGUCUUGUAUACCUGCUGUUAUUGUUUUUGUCAGAUUGUACUGUGAAAAACAUUACCUGCUGAUUAGGUUGUGUUUUUAAAAAAAAAAAAAAACAUCCAUCCACCAAAUCUGGUGUCAGUAUUCUUUACACAUUGUAAAAUUUGUAAAUUUAGAUCUUUAUGUUUAGAGUUAAAUGUUCAUUAAUGCUGUGUUCACGUGUUGACUGUAGAAAACCAUCAUACCAAUCGUCAUAACAGAAUUACCUAAUCAUUUAUCCAUUUUAAAGCCGGGG